AUGGCCGAGGUGGUUCGCACGCUGACGCAGGAGCCUUUCACCAAUGCAGCCGCUAUACAAAGUCUGGACGCUCUGGAAGCCCAGCUGCCUGCUGAGUGGUCCGUAGGUACAGUACGUCACCCUGACAACAGGGAACCACGGGAUGGCAGUCGGGUAGUGUGGAGGAAAGGGCCAGUAAUGGGCGGAGAUCGGGUAGAAAGAACAGAGCGGGAGAUGCGGCAGGGCAAGCCGAGUCGACUCAAAAUGAAAGGCUGUGCUCGUGUUCUCUUCUUGGCGCUUUUGGCAUCAACUUUCCUGGUCGGCCUCGUCCUGUACUCGGCCUCAAGCGAAGACACCGGCUUGUACUCCCAUACCAAACCUUCAAUGACACCGACAAAUGUUCAACUGCCACGCCCACAUUUCAUGCUGGAAGAGUCCCACGUAUCGUCUGUCGCCAUCUUUGUUCAUCCUACGGCAGAAGAACCGAAGCUGUAUCUCCCGGCCGGUCCAACUAAAAUGUCUGCGACAAAGACCAAAAAGAAAGCCUCUAAGGUUUUGAUCGUGGCUUACUUUCGGUCAGGAUCUACCUACUUCUCCGAGAUGUUCAAUUUUAACAGCCAGGUGUUCUAUAUGUUUGAACCUCUUGUAUACGCUCUCCUGCCAGCAAAUAAGACAUUGACCAUGCUGAAUGGCAAGACAAGCACUGUGGGGAAAAUGAUGAAGACGACGUACGUCCUCAAACUCCUGGAUGACAUUUUCAACUGUCGGCUGCAAGCUCUGCCAGUAUGGUAUCUUCAGCACCCAUUCCUCACCAAAUCUCUGCGAUUCUCGCGGUAUUUACGGUGUAUUCAGCCUGUGGGUAGACGACCGCGUCACACACUUCGCUAUUGUAUUCAGGGGCUGAUACAAAUGUGUAAGGCGUCCCCUAUGCGGACCAUCAAAGUGAUCCGACUGGGAAUUACUAUGGGAGCCAUGCGGAAAUUACAGCUGACAAACCCAGACCUGAAGUUCAUCCAGUUGGUACGUGACCCCCGGGGGAGCCUGUUGUCUCAGUUUGACGCCACACCCCCGGAGACCGCUUACAUUGCUUUUAAACGAAUUGUUGGUUUUUGUGAUAAAAUGGAAAGAGAUCUCCAGGAAGUUAAGAAGCUUCGCAAUUCCAGUGACAUUGAAAUUCUGACCGUGAACUAUGAAGACAUGGCGGAAAACCCGAGGACGGCUGUAUCGGCGGUUUAUUCCUUCCUAGGGUUACCUUUACCGGGUCGGGUCAUUUCCGGUAUCAAUCACCGUUCAUCAGCCAAUCGCCAUGACGAUAAGUUUGGCACCGUCAGAGAGAAUUCCACACAAACAGCAUAUGCCUGGAAGAAGAAAAUCAAAUUUGAUAUAGUGCGGACGGUAGACACAUAUUGCUCUCACUGGUAUCCACAGCUGGGCUACCUUCCCAUAACAUCCAGAAAAGAGUUACUAGAUGAGACUAACAAACACAGACUACCAAGGAGAUGACGACAGCUUACACUGAUGUGAUUCAAUGUAUAAUAUUGUCGCUUAGUGCUUCUUCUGGGAAAGGACAUUGGAAUUAUGUGGACCCACUGAUAUCCACAGUUGGAAUUAUAAAAAUGGUAGCUACUGUAUGUAGCUAACUUUACAGGGAGAAAGUUAGUUGCCUAUCUUUCAUACAGUCGAAAGGCUCCGUUACCCUUGAGACAUUUAACUGAACUGAGAGAGUAUAGACUGACUGUAUAGAAUGACGCCAUCUGCUGCUGCUCUGCUACUUGCGCUGCCAUUAUGGAUUUGACGUUUUGUUAGAUCUCCUUACAAUAUGGGCACCGGUUUGCAUUGCAAAGAGCAGUUGGAGACAUACUUGGUUACGUUAAAAAAAAACUCGUAGCUCUCUAUAAUAGACCCAAAUUAAGUACAUCGCAAAUUUAAGCAGCGACUAUUUUUUUCUCUUUUUUUUACGCACUGUAGGUCACAUUAUGUUUGAUGGCUUUUAAUCUCUUAUGGUUUCAUAUAUUUUAUUGAAAAGAAUAUAUCCAAAUAUACGUACGUGUGCAUUGAUCUUUAUGUUUCGCGUAAGUCAGAACAUUUUUUUUUGUGAGGGUAGUUUCAAAAUUUUCGAGCCUAACUGUCUGAAGUAUUUUUCAAGUCAAAGUUUUUUCAAUGAACAGUUAUUAAUUUGUGACAACAAAACUAAAGUUUUUGAAAGUUUUGACUUUGUGAAUUUAUAUGUUUUAUCAUUUCCAGCCUCUGUUUUUUUUUUUUUUUUUCAUUCAUCACUGUAAUGAAGGAACACUUGACUUCGUUUUUUUUAUUAUUGCAUCAAAUUCAUGCAUCCUUUUUCUAGAACGCAGUGUUUUUUUUUUAUCCUAGAUGAACAUUUCAAUCAACUCAAGGGUGUCUAGCCACAUCAUCGUAUACCAACAGUGCUAUACGCAAGGUAAAGUCCAUGAAGAAUUGCUCAUUAUUUCAUUUAAAUAUUACAGGAAACCACAGAAUAAAAAUACCUAAUUAUAGUUAUUUGAUAUUAAUAUGAAGACAGAUUUGUACACGUCUUUUAUCUUUUGCAUAAUAGACGCUGAGUUAUGAAACGAUUAGAAGGGAUAUCCAUAUGUAUUUCAUCGGAGACCAAGAUAGACCUAAAUACAUAGACAUACAUAGAAACGAUAAGCUAGGCGGACGUGAGCGUUGAUUCAUUGAUUUCACACUGGGAGUCGUUUGAGCGAUGCAAGGGUACUGUCCUCUCCUGCCUUGUGUUUACCUACAGUGGUUUCCAUACGGGUUUAGUGUACUUUCAGAUGAUGGAUUAACUCAACUUUGACAUAAACUGUUGUGAGGUCAAAAUUCUGCAUACUGUAAGCGUUCUAAGUGGUGGUGAUAUGCUGUAUGAUGUAAUCGCUCUGGAUUCGUGUAGCUUUUGGGCUCUUCUUCUCGGUUAUACAUGUAUAUCUGUAAAACCGUGUGGCUUACAGGAUAUAACAUGUUCCGACCUUCAUGCACGUGCUAUAGGUGUCAUUUGCUAUAUUCGUUUUAGUUUUUCAUUGAUUUUGUUUUGAUUUCAUUUCAUCUGUGUGUCAAUUCAUGGAAAUUUUUAAUUUUAAUUACCGGGUAUAUAUAGCGUACAGCGUUAAUCAUUGCACUAAGCAUUGUCCAAAACACGGUUAGUAAGGCAAAUGAUUAUGCGUGGUGUGCUUCGAAUGUCAAGCCGUGUGUCUGUGGUCUACAUAAUCAGCUUUGUAGUUCCUGGAUUGUAAUUACUGAAUUGUAAUUAUUGCACAUAAUGUAUUUAGGACCGCUGUUCUGUUUACGAAUUAUGUAUGCAAUUAUCGUGCUAGGAAUUUAAAAGCCCUUGUCAGAGCUUAUUGUUAUUUGUUUACCAUUUAACUCUAGGGGCUCAGUGAUACAAAUUGAGAUUUAUUUAUUUGAUUGGUGUUUUACGCCGCACUCAAGAAUAUUUCACUUAUACGACGGCGGUCAGCAUUAUAGUGGGUGGAAACCGGGCAGAGCCCGUGGGAAACCCACGACCAUCCGCAGGUUGCUGGCAGACCUUCCCACUUACGGCCGCAAACUGAGAUGGCCAUUGUACAUAAUUCCAGUACACGUUUUAUUGUAGGGUCUACCGGGUAUUCCAGAUGAGGAAUCAGUGAUCUUACAUGAUUAUAAUAUAAAUGAUUUUAAUUUAGUCUUAUACGUUUAACACGUACCCACAUAUCCCUCUUUGGAUGAAAAAGUGUUAGACUUCAACAAAACUGGAUUUGGCCAAAGUCUAAUUCCGUAAAUUUGAAUCGAUAAGAUCAUCGUAUCCUUGAUCUAUAUUUUACACUCUAACAUUACCUCUGGCGGAAAUGACAAAUAAUGUAUUCCUAGAUCUUCGCCCAAGAGAGCCAAAUCGCCUCUACCAUUGCUUAUUUGCCAAGGGUUUGUGUUGUACUGGUCAAUGGCCAAACAUUUCUCUCAGGAGACGAAGAUGUAACUGGGUAUAUAAAACACGGAUUUCCUGACGUUCUGUAUCUUCCCUAUCACGGUCGGUGCUCUUGAUUAAGCGGCUUUCCACAGAAAUCCAAAACGAGGCUAAUUUAGUUGAGACAUUCCUAGAGGUUUUGGAAAGCAGUUAUUUUUCACCCAGAGAUGAGAUGUUAAGACUGAGUUAUACGACCCCUGGUGGGUAGUGCUCGUAUUUCGGCGUGUCCCACCUCGUACAUCAUAACCCUUUUCGUCGGUUAUCUUAGCUGUAUACAUACACAUAGUAUAUGGAACACUCAAAUGUUUGAAUUCCAUCUUUAUUUGGUAUAAAUGGCGUCAAUUCUCAUUAGUUUAUUUCUUGUGUAUAUAUAUGUUUAUAUAUAUUUAUACGUAUAUGCAUGGCAAAUGUGCAAAUUGUUAUCGCUUUGGUGU